CCCCAAUCUCCCAGCAUGCACCGGUCCCGUGUCCCCCAUCUCCCAUCCUGCCUCCUGCCUCCGCUCCUGCCGCCAGCGCCCGAGCCCCGCCCGGGAAGAGGCACCAGGCGCCUCCCGCUGAUUGGUGCCUUUGGGCGGCGUCGCUUCCCAGGAUGGAUUCUAUUGGCUAUAUCGCGGGAAGCCCCGCCCCCCAGCCGAACUCUGAUUGGAGGAGUUGGGGCGAGUGGCGCAUUGGGACGGGACCUGAGGCGGAAAUGGGCUGGUGACUAUAGGCGGAAGUGGCGGCACCAGAGGCGGAAGUGGGCGGGGUCUCAGCGCCUUGCGGAGCGGGAUGGAGGCGGCCGGACCGGCUCUAAGCGCGGAGACCCUCCGGGGGCGGCUGCUGCGGGGGCUGGAGGCGGAGCACGUGGCUGGUGAACGAGCUGCUGGCGGAGGAGCUGAAGCACAUUCAUGCCUUCGAGCAGCGCACGCUGACCCCCGAGCAGUGGGAGAAGGAGCAGGGGGACCUGCAGUGAGCCCCCCCGGGCCCAGACGGAGCUGGGACCCUGCACCCCACGGAGCUGAGAGAUCGGCUGCAAUAAAGGAUUAUGGGCAACAAA